UCCAAUUAACUUGCCAUUUCCUACGCAGCCUUGCCAUAGUUGCAUUUAAUAAACUUAACGUCCACCCGUGGCGCUGUAUAAAAGCCAUGCAUCCCAUGAGCCAGCUUACAGGCAGCGCAUAAAACCCGUUACAAGUGCAUAUAACAAGCAAGCGCGCAAGUCAACAGCGGAAGAGCCAGCCAGCCAUAAAAUUCAACAGGAUCAGCGCGAUGAAAUGCUGUUGCCACCGCAUACGCACGUUACCACUUUGUUGCAGCUUUUAAUCCAAAGGUAUUUCGCUCAACUUACCUCCGUCUUGAUUGUUCAUGAUGGGGUGAGGGAGAACGGUGUCGGAACCGCCUUGCAGCAAGAGUACCUUGAGGCAGUGCAGUUGGCAUUCCGCAAUCUGUCACAGCAAGGGCACUUAAUUGGUCUGCAAUGGAUUGAUGUCAGUCAACUGAAUAGGAGAAGCAACAGCAGCAGCAGCAGCAGCAGCACUUGCAUCGGAAGCAAAGCCCAGAAUGUCAGCCGCAGUAACAGCAAAUGCACAGGCACCAACAACGACGACGAUGGCGAUGACUACGACGAUGAAUUGGAGCUGCAUUUGCUACGCGCCGUUAACCACGUGACCGAGGGCUUCAUCACCAUUCUACCGGGCAAUGUGCGUUUCCUGCAUGCCCGUUACUAUGCAACACGUAACGCUGAUCUACGUCUCAAAGAUAAAUUUUAUCUGUUCUUGUGCGAACAUGAAAAUCCAGCGGAUUUGCUUUCUACAGAAAUAUUGCAAUUUUACCCUCAUCACUUAAUGGUUACACCGGAAAUACCUACAGCAGUGCAAUCGGCCAACAAACAGCGUAAAACCGAGAAGUCACUUAAAAGUACGCUUACAAAAAUGCCCAAUACAUCAGCAACAAAAGUAAGCCACAAGCGCUCCACCAGUAAGCCAGCACCUGCUUUAUCUCCAUCCAUGUCGAACAUUGUCGCAUCGCCGCUGUUACCCGCCGCUUACCGCAACAACAGCAUCCAACUGUGGACACAAAAGUACAUUGGUACCAAUGGAAAUUUGGAUGUACUGCUGCUGGACGUAUUCUGGCCAAACGAAACUUUUGCACGGAAUGUCGAACUUUUCCCCAACAAACUUAACAACAUGGAAGGACGCACAAUACACGUUGGCACCACUACCUACAUACCGUAUGUGGUGUCUAAUUAUGUGCCACCUGGUACCGGCAAUGUCGACGCUUUAGAUUCGAACGAAUUCAAUCGCACAGUAUUAUUCAUAGGCUCUGAAGCCGAAAUAUUAACAACCUUUUGCGAUUUUCGGAAUUGUCAUCUGCGCGUAAGACCAUAUGGCGCUGAUAACUGGGGUUACAUUUAUGAGAACCAAAGCUCAGUGGGUAUGUUGGGGGACCUCUAUGUACAGGACUUCGAAGUGGCUAUCGGUUGCAUUUAUAACUGGUACAAUAGCAUCACUGAAGUUUCAUACACAAUAGCGCGAUCUUCGGUUGCCGUAUUGGGACCAGCGCCAGCUCUAUUCCCGGCAUGGCGUGCUAACAUAAUCCCAUUUAGUAGCAGUCUUUGGAUUUUCAUAAUGUUUACCAUUCUACUUUGCGCCUUUGUUAUGUAUUCCGUACGACUUAUUUCUUUCACAAUGAAAAAUCGACGAAAGAAUCAAGUGCGGAAUUUUCCCCAUAAAAGUGCAUUUGGUCACGCAUUAUUGGAUAUGUUUGCGGUAUUUAUACAACAACCAUCGGGACCUACAAGUUUACGCACAUUCGCCGGUCGCUUCUUUCUGGCGACUAUUCUCUGUGCCACCAUCACAUUGGAGAAUACCUACAGCGGUCAAUUAAAAUCCAUACUAACUGUACCGCUUUUCUCCGAGGCUGUUGAUACUAUAGAGAAAUGGUCUAAAACCGAUUGGCCUUGGAGUACACCAUCCAUUAUUUGGAUACAAUCAGUGGAAAAUUCAAAUAUUGAGAAAGAACGAGUAAUGGCCAAGAAAUUCGUUGUGCAUGACUAUGAUUUUCUCUACAAUGCUAGCUUUCGUUCCGAUUAUGGACUGGGCAUCGAGCGCCUAAUGAGUGGCGCUUUCACUUUCGGAAAAUAUAUAACUAUACCUGCGCUGGAAACGAGGAUUGUGACGAAGGAUGAUUUGUAUUUCGAUUGGACACGUGCCGUAGCCAUAAAAGGUUGGCCGUUAAUGCCACUCUUCGAUAAACACUUACUCGCCUUUCUAGAGGCGGGUCUUUAUGUGUACUGGGAAAGGCAGGUGACACCCAAAUAUUUGGAUCGUAAAACACAGGAAAUCAUUAUGAAUUUAGCAUCUGGACAUAUUAACAAAUUACCGCCACAAAAAUUGACUUUGGAAAAUAUUUCGGGUCCUGCGUUCGCUCUGCUCUUUGGUUGUUUAAUUGCUAGCAUAGUCUUUGUGCUGGAGCUAAUUGUAUACAAUUUGAGCAAAUUGAAUUUGUCCAAUAACCACGGAGUGAGGCGUUAGUAGAUAUAAAAAUAAAUAAAUUUAGAAUGCAUAAAACUUACUCAAUGCUGAAAAAACACCAUAGGCACAUGCAAAUAGUAUACU